AUGGACACAGCAAUGAAAAUCAUUGUUUACAGUAUUAUAUUACAAGGUGUUUGGUGUAAGGGGUUCAACAUCAGUCUCCCAGAGAAGAUUGAAGCUCUGAAUGGAUGUAGUGUGAUUAUUAAGUGUGCAUUUGAGAUUGAAGAAAAAUAUGACCAAGACCUCUCUGAGACUGCAACAGGAGUGUGGCAUAAAAAUGACACUAGUCUGACAGAGCAUGUAGUGUUUAACUCUAGCAGCAAUAAUCACUCAAUUAAAGCGACUAUAACUGGAAAAUUAAAAGCCAAGGACUGCACCACUGUCUUUUAUAAUGUAGAUUCAAGUCACAUUGGCAAAUAUUUCUUCAGGCUUGAGGGUAAUGGUGGACUGAAAUGGACCUACACAAAAACCUCAGUUUCAGUAGAUGUUAUCAACUCUCCUCAUAACCCCACAGUGAAGUUGUAUGUGGAUGAGAAGGAGGUGCAGAGUCAGCAGGAGGUGUUGGAGGGGAGCUCUGUGUGUCUGUCCUGCUCUGCUGAGACUCUCUGUUCCUCUCCUCCAGCAACUCUCACAUGGAGCUCCACUUCCAGACUUCCCUUCAGUCUACAGGAGAAGCAGAAUCAAAAUAAACUCAUCUCUCAUCUCAAAUUCACUGCUACUCCCCUUCAACACACAGCCACUUUCACCUGCACUGUCACCUACCAGCUACAGGACAACAACAAAACAGCACACAGCAACCUCACAUUACAUGUUACAUAUGCCCCUAAAAUCUCUAUCUCGUCCAGCUGUAACAGAACUGAUGUAACCGUGUGUUUGUGUGAGGUUGAUGGGAAUCCCUCUCCUAAACUGGUGUGGCAUCUGUCUGGACGUCCUGUCACUAACUCUACAAUCAUGUCCAUCAGUGAAGAACGAUUGAGCAGCACAGUUUUGAGGAGCUUCAUCACUCUACAUCACUCACUCACACACACAUCCACUGUGCAGUGUGUCACCACAAACACUCAUGGCAAUGACAAACAACUGUUCCAAUGGCUUCUCUAUGCUCAAGACAGAGGCAUCAAUAUUUUGUCUGUGCUGAUUGGAGCUGCUGUUGGGGUUUUAGUGGUCAUGGUCGGGUUGACUCACCAAAGCCUCCUCAUCGCUGUCAAAAUGGCCAUCACUGGACAACUCUUCCUCAGUGUCAACCUCGAUAACACUGUCGGUGACGGCGGGCGGCAACAACGCAAUGUCCUCUUCAAUUUCUUGGUUGACGUUAUCCUCACCUAG